AGCCACAGCGUUGUGAAGAUGGUGGAGGGAGAGCAAAGAAAAAAGAUCUCUUUGGUUCCAGAAAAUCUCCUGAAAAAGAGGAAGGCUUAUCAGGCCCUCAAAGCCACCCAGGCAAAGCAGGCACUUUUGGAAAAGAAGGAGCAAGUUAAAUAUAUCAAGUUUAAGCAACUGGAAUGGUUCCUCCAUGAUGCCUGGCGGCAGCAGCGUGACAAGGUAUGCCUCCGACACCUGGAAGUGAAACCUCAUGGUUUGGAAGUGCCAGAUGAACACUCCUUGGCCUUCGUUGUGCGCAUCCAAAGGGUUAAUGGAGUGAGUUUAAAGGUGCAGAGGACCAUUGUGAGGCUUCGCCUGAAGAUUUUCAGUGGUGUCUUUGUCCAAGUGACCCCCCAAACCAUAAAAACGCUGCUCAUGGUGGAACCUUAUGUGACCUGGGGAUUUCCAAAUCUGAAGUCUGUCCGGGAACUCAUCUUGAAACGUGGACAAGCCAAGAUCAAGAAUAAAAUCAUCCCUUUGACAGAUAACACAGUGAUUGAGGAGCACCUGGGGAAGUUUGGUGUCAUCUGCUUGGAAGACCUCAAUCAUGAAAUUGCCUUCCCAGGGAAGAACUUCCAGGCAAUCUCAGAGUUCUUGUGCCCUUUCCAGCUCUCAGUGGCCCGUCACGCCACCAAGGAUAGAGUAGGCUUCCUCAAGGAGAUGGGCUUACCUGGCUAUCCAGGUGAACGCAUCAAUCAGCUCAUCCGACAGCUGAACUAAACCCAGAAUAUCUGAAAGCACAAUGCCUUGGAAGCAUGUGUUUUUGUUUUUUGGAAUUACCAGUAUCUUCAAAGAAGAUUAUUUUCGGCUAUAUCUUCAGAAGCUGGAGGGCAGGAGUCAGGGAAAAGAUGGUGGUGUUCGUAGCAGGCACUUCUUAUCACAGCCCUGUUCCAAAGGAAAAGUCCAGUGUGUUUUCCACAUUCGCUACUACUACCACCUUGAAGGCAGCAAAGGACUCAUGCCGUGCAAGAGGGGUCCCGCUUUGUCCCAUCUUCUCUCCAAGGGCUUAAUGUUGAUGAACAGAUACCCAAGCAUGAAUGCCAAGCCCAGAGCCGUACUUGAACCUGGGGGUUCCUAAGGCUUUGUUUUUGGAAAGAACUCGAAAUACAUUUUAGAAGAGCACAAAAAAA